AGUCUGACAUAGUGUGUUUACACAGUACGGUUUGUUAGGGCGCGUGACUGAGCGUGGAAAUCUCCCAGACUUGUGUCAUCAUUCAGUGAAUGGCUGCGCUGAGGAUAUAUAGAGAGCUCCAGGGUAACCGGCCGGCUAUCGACCUCAGCUGACUUAUAUACAGCGCGACCACAAGAGCAAGGUUAUCACAGGACGUCCCGUUCACCGAAAAGCCAAGAUGCCAAAAUAUAAGCUGACCUACUUUAACUUCAAAGCAAAAGGGGAGAUAAUCCGCCUUCUGUUCAAAGUGGCUGGUGUGCCUUUUGAAGACUUUCGAAUUGAGGUAGGGGCUGAUCUCAAACCUCCAGAGGAUUGGCUCAAGUUAAAGCCAAAGAUGCCGUUCGGUCAGAUUCCCCUUCUGGAGGUAGACGGUAAGGAACUGGUUCAGACGAUUGCCAUCAAAAUGUACCUGGCACGAGAAUUCGGCAUGGCGGGGGAGUCCUCGUUUGACCAGGCCAAGGCCCUCAUGUGGCUGGAAGCUGGUGAUGAUCUGUAUAAUCAGAUGUCCGCCUGGGUAAAGGAGCAAAACCCGGACAAGAAGGAAGAAUUGAAGACCAACCUUAAGACGGUGACCCUGAAGUUCUUUUUGGAAUACCUGCAGAAAACUCUCUCUGCCAACAAGAGUGGAUAUACCAUUGGAGAUAAGCUGACAGUGGCGGACCUCUUAGCUUUCCAGUUACGAGACUGGUUAAGCAUCGUGGGUGAGGACAUGACCGCAGUGUAUGACAGCUACAGCGAUGUGCAGAAACUCUACGCCAAGAUUGGAGCCAUACCAGCCAUUGCUGAUUGGCUGAAGAAGAGACCCAAAACCGCGCUGUGAUAGGUGAUAAAGGGAGCGCAUCCUCAUUGUUCCAGUCAUUGGGUUAUCUCCCAUUUCUCUAUAGUUUACUUGGAUUAAACAUUGAUGUACUGCUUGUUUUUCCAGAGUGUUGUACAGCAUGAGUGGUCAGAUCUAGAGUUUACAUGUAUAUCGGCUUUAUCAUUAUUCGGCCAACCUAAAACUGGCAACAGUUUGAAUGGCUUUGAAGACGUCAAUCUGGCAUACCUCAAAUAUUUUUACAGGGAUUCUUCUAUAUUUACAUCUAUGUUCUUCACAAUUAUAUCAUUAACCAUCGAGAUAUCGAUAUAAAAUUGUAUGUACAUGUAUUUUGACAUAAAUUUUGAUACGAAAACAAACUGACGUUGUUAUUCUCUCGGGCUUAAAAUUCGCCUAUUUUUUAAGAGCCAUAAGCGUUAAGCGUUAAAUUGCCUAGGUUCUAAACUGAGGUACAAAUGUAGAUCGCCAGAUGUCAUUCUGUACUUCUAUAUGAAUAUCAUAAACGGGAGAAACAAUAUAUAAGUCGCAGGGGGAGGUAGCCCCGUGAGUUGACAUGAAUGUCAGAUUUGUCUCCCUUUGUAGGCUUGACACUAGAACUAACUGAUAUGUACAUGUAAGCGAUUGUUUGAAACACUUAUGCCGUGAUGCUGUUAUUUUUUCUAUUCUGUUUGUUUAUUUCUAUACAUAUUUUGAAGCUGCAAAUCUCAAAUUGUUAUAUUUUAGUGAUAUUUUGGAAAAAUAAAUAGAACGAAUACGUAUCUAAUGCGGAAUAUUUGAUUUUCUAUGAACUGAUGUUAGAUUUUAUAUCACAGGUCGACAGAGAAUGUAUACUAUUAUUGCUGUGACUUUAAUAAACGAUGUAAAGACAUCGGAUUUGUGUAAUCACAGACAGCGGGUUGUUCGAUAUCAAUGACAAAUUCCAACGAUUUACACAAUAAAACUCUCUUGCAUA